UCCAGAUCCAGGCGAACAGUCAGGAGACAAGAUAACGCGGCCGCCGCUCUAUUUCCCUUUCCGGCUUCCGAACCCUAGAGCUCCGGCGACGGUCGAGGCGACAUCCCCGAGGUACCACCGAUCCCCGAUCCGAGGAGCAAGCGAUGCCGCCAGGACGAGGACGGCGUGGCCGCACGGAGCAGCGCCACCCGCCGGAGACCGGCCGCCGCGACGAGGGUGCUCCGUCACGUCCCACGCCGCCGUUCCCCGCCUUCGCUUCUCAGGGGAGGAAGACGAGGAGGCCGAGGCAGCCGCCGCCGGCGAGCCUCCCCUUCGCCGAGAUCCUGGCGCGGGUGCCCUACCGGUCGCUCUGCCGCUUCCGGUGCGUGUCCAAGGCGUGGCGAGUCCUCUGCUCCCACCGGGCCAUCCAAAGGAGGGUGCCGCAGACCCUCUCCGGAUUCUUCCACACCCACCACUCGGACGGCGGCCUCCGUUUCAGCAAUCUGUCCGGGGGAGGCGCCCCUCUGGUCGACGCUUCGCUCCCUUUCCUCCGCAGGAGGUACGCGAGCGUCAAGCUCGAGCAAUGCAGCAGCAGCCUUCUCCUCUGCAAAUGCCGGGAAUCGGAGGAAGACGAGGAAUGCGAUUACGUCGUGUGCAAUCCUAUGACCCGGCAGUGGACCGUGCUGCCUCCUAUAGUAUGGCAGGACGAAGAGGAUGGUGAACCUGUGUAUUUCAGAGUGGUGCAGCCCUUCCUGGGUUUCGACCCGGCCUUUCCAUCCCGCUUUGUGGUGUUUUCGCCCCUGGUCGAGGUGUGCGACGAUGUGGCGAUAUACUCGUCGGAAACUGGGCGAUGGACUCGCAACAGUGAGUGGGGGGAUAACAGCGAGUAUCCUUCUUUUUCUGCAGAAUGUGCCUUCCUGAAUGGCAUGAUGCAUUUUCUGCAUCUGGUGAUCGAGGAACCUUUAAUUGCCGUAGUGGACACAGAGGGGGAUGUUUGUGGGGAAAUUACUCUGCCAGAAGGAAUGGAAGACGCCAGUUCUGGUUAUAGUUCAAUUGGGUACUCUCAAGGGAAAUUGCAUGCCUGGUAUAUGCAUCCUCAUUAUUACGAACUCUCUGUGUGGGUACUUGAGGAUUAUGCUAGUGAAAAGUGGACCCUAAAGCAUACUGUUGACGUUCCAGAACUGUUUGGAAGGGAAUCCACUGAAGAGGAUUGUGACGAAGAGGACAGGACCUAUAAGUAUGAGAUGUUUGCAAUUCAUCCAGAGCAUAAUUUGAUUUUCCUUACUGACUGGAAGGAGGUGAAUCUGUCCUAUGAUAUGGAUAGCAAGGAAGUGCAUCUUAUGUGCACUUCUGGAGAUUUCCUGGGUGGCCUACCUUAUAUUCCCUCUUUUGCGGAUCUGGUUGUUGGAUGAUUGCUGGAAGUCGCUACUGCUUGAUGCACUUAACGGGUGGCACUAACGCCUUUGUAAAAAUCAGUUGUUUGGUGUGUGCGCGCCUAAUCUUCUAGUUCUGUGGCACAGGUUUGGAUAUGUCGUCCUAUCGUUCCAAAUUGUGCUUUUUCAGGUGCACGCCUUUCGUGGCUUUGAACAAUGUUGGUUAGCCGAUGAUGUUUUGUAGUGUUUGGAUAUGUCGCGGCUUUGAACAAUGUUGGUUAGCCGUAGAUAUUUUGUAAGAGAGAAGCGGUCCAAUGUGUAAUGCUUAGUUGUAUGAAUGACCUAGUCCCCUAUAUAUUUGCUUUCAUGUAGUACUAACUGCUGCAACACUUCUUAUCUGUUCACGUGGGCUGAAUGUAAGCUUAUGUUACCAUGGUUAAUAUCCUUUA